AUGAAGAAGAUGUGCGAGCCCUGGGAGAAGUCGUUAAUUGUCAAGUUGUUGGGUAAGCCUUUCUCAAUUGCUGUUUUGUAUAAUCGUCUAAAAGGAAAACGGGGUCCGAAUUUCCCUUUAAUUAAUGGCUAUUUUGUUGCAACUUUUGAGAAGAAGGAGGAUUUGGAAUUUGUUCUUGCUGGAGGACCUUGGGUUAUUUCGGGUCAGUACCAUGUAAUUCAUAAAUGGAAACCUGGGUUUGAUGCUAGUUCUUCCAAAAUUACUAGGACUGCUGUUUGGGUUAGAAUUUUAGGAAUUCAAGCUGAAUUUCUUGAUGUUUGUGCUCUGAAACGAAUUGGUUCUUUUCUUGGUAAAGCUUUGAAAAUUGAUGCACUGACCUUGGCUCGGGCUAGAGGAAAAUUUGCUCGAAUUUGUGUUGAAUUGGAUCUAACUAAACAUUUGGAGGCUUAUGUGCAAUUGAAUGGUGCAUGGUUCAACUUAGAGUAUGAGGGUCUUCCUGAUAUUUGCUUCAAAUGUGGAGUGUAUUGUCAUAGAAGAGAUUGUUGUAUUGUCACUAAUGAGGUGGUUGGUGGUGUUUCCAGUGAUGUAACUGGUAUGAAUGUUGAUAUUGGUGGAAAGGAGAUUGGUGCAAGUGAUGGUUGUACUGUUAAUUCUGAUACUAACGUUUGCAAUACUAGUGUUGAUGGUUCUGUUAAGGAAUCUCGUCCAUGUGAACAAUGA